AUGGCAGACCCGCCACCCAUGACCGUCGACUACAGCGUCUACCUCGUCACCGACUCGAGGCCCGCCAUCCUCGCGCCCGGCCGCCGCCUCGCCCACGUCGUCGACGCGGCGCUGCGCGGGGGCGCCACGGCCGUGCAGCUGCGCGACAAGCUCGGCUCCGACGCCGACGUCGCCGCCCAAGCCCGCGAGCUGCUUGGCCUGACGCGCGCGAGGGGCGUGCCGCUGCUCAUCAACGACCGCGUCGGCGUCGCGCUCGAGGUUGGCUGCGAGGGCGUCCAUCUCGGCCAGGACGACAUGGAUGUCGCCCAGGCGAGGAGGAUGCUCGGGCCCGGCAAAAUCAUCGGCGUCUCGGCCCGCUCCCCCGCCGAGGCCGUGGCCGCCUGCGACGCCGGCGCCGACUAUCUCGGCAUCGGCACCGUCUUUUCCACCACCACCCGCAGAAAAACCGACACGGCCACCAUCCUCGGCCCCGCCGGCGUCGGCGCCAUCCUCGCCGCCCUCGCCGCCGCCGGCCACGCCUCGGUCCCGACCGUCGCCAUCGGCGGCAUCGACGCCGCCAACGCCCCCGCCGUGCUGGCCCAUGCCAGCGCCCCGCGCAAGCCCCUCGACGGGCUCGCCGUCGUCAGCGCCAUCGUCGCCGCCGCCGACCCGGCCGCCGCCGCCGCCCGCUUGCUGUCCGCCGUGCUGCGCGCCCGCGUGCCGCUUGUUGUCGAGAGGGUGGCGCGGGCGACGCCGGUUUCGCACAACAUGACGAAUCUGGUCGUGCAAAACUUGGCUGCGAAUGUUGCCCUUGCCGUGGGCGCCAGUCCCAUCAUGGCAAAUUACGCCCUCGAGGCCCCGGACCUGGCCGGCCUCGGCGGCGCUCUCGUCAUCAACAUGGGCACCGUGACGCCCGAGGGCCUCGAUAACUUUGUCAAGGCCCUCGCUGCCUACAACGACGCCGGCCGACCCGUCGUCUUGGAUCCCGUCGGCGCCGGCGCCACAGCCGUCCGCCGCGACGCCGUCAAGAAGCUCCUCUCAGCCGGCACCUUUGCCGUCAUCAAAGGCAAUGCCUCGGAGAUGCUCACCGUCCACAGCGUCAUCACCGCCGACGACCAGGAGCAUCAACGGCAACCCCCUCGAGAAGCCCAGCGCGGCGUCGACUCAACCGCAACCCUCACCAUCACCCAGCGCGCCGCCCUCGCCCGCUCCAUCGCCCGUGGCCGCGGCCGCCCCUGCGUGGCCGUCGUCACCGGCGUCUCAGACAUCAUCAGCGACGGCCGCCGCACCGCCCGCGUCGACAACGGCCACGAGCUGCUUGGCGCCAUCACCGGCUCCGGGUGCUCCCUCGGCACCGUCCUCAGCGCUGCUGUGGCGGCCUACGAGGAAGACCCCUUUGUUGCCGCCGUGGCUGCCACCGUCAUGUUUGGCGUCGCUGCAGAGAUGGCUGCCGCCAGGAGCGAUGUUCGCGGGCCGGGGACCUUUGUUCCCGCCUUCAUCGACGAGCUCCACGCCGUGAGGAGGGCCACAGCUGAACGGGAUUGGAGGUGGCUGGCCUUGGCCAAGGUCGAGGCUAUUCAGGAUGACGAUGCACCGGUACCCUGA